AUGGGCUCAUGUAAUUAAUGCAUUUAGAAACAAGAGCUAUAGAAAUCAGGAAGAAAUUAGAAUGUUGUGAUUUAUUAAUCGGCAUAAAAUCAUAAAAUGGCAAUAAAAAUUCAAUCCGCAUAUAGAUCAUAUGUAACUAGAUAAAAAUUCAAGUAAAUUAAGAUAUUUUUAUUUGAAGUUUAAAAUUAGCAGAAAUAAGAGCAAGAAAUCAUAUAAUAUGCAAUUCAACCGAAGAUUUUUUAAUUGAGUAUCAUACAUGCUCUUAUUCUCCAAAAAUUAAUUAGUUUGAUGGUUCAAAUGCAUUUUCUAGCAUAUAAAACAAUCAAAAACAAUCAGCACUCUCAAUUUUUAAUCGUCAAUAAAGUCUUAAAUUACAACCAAAAGAAUCUGAUUCGUUCGAUUUUGAAGAAUUGGACUAAUAUGACUAAACUCCAUAAAAUAAACUUAUAUACUCUCCUAAUAAAAGUUUAAGAUCUCUUAAAAAUUAAAAAGAGAAAAUAAAUUCAUUUAAAUUUCGUUGUGUUUUGACUCUAGAAAUACUUGAGACAAAUGAUAAAAUUAAAUUAUAAUAAAAAAAUAAAAGAUAAAAAUUCGAUACUAUUAAAUUAGUUGGUGGUAAUUCAUAUAAUGGAGAAUGGUUAGAUUCAUUACCUGAUGGUAAAGGUAAAUACACUUUUUCUGAUUAAUCCUAUUAUAUAGGAGAUUUUAUGAAAGGUUAAUUUCAUGGUAAAGGUGAAUUUAAAAGUAAAGAAGGAACCUAUUAUCGUGGAUAAUGGUAAUACAAUCAAAUGCAUGGUUAAGGUAUUUAUAAUUAUAAUAAUGGAUGUAAAUAUGAAGGUAUUACUUAUUAAAUUAAUUAUCAUAAAGGUAGUUGGGAAAAAGAUAUGCCUAAUGGAUAAGGAAUAGAAUGGUAUGCUAAUGGUUCUGUUUAUGUUGGUACAUUUCUAAAUGGAGAAAAACAUGGAAAAGGAAAGAUUACAUUUAAUGCUGGAGAAAUAUAUGAAGGAGAAUUUCAAUUUGAUAAUUUUAAUGGAUAAGGAAUAUAUGUAAAUACUCAUAUUUAUAUAUUUAAUUUAGAGAUGGUAAAAUGGAAGAAUCUAUUAAGGAGAAUGGGUUAAUGGUAAAAUGAAUGGAAAGGGAAUCUUAAAUUGGCCUGAUGGUCGUUUCUAUAAAGGCUAAUAUUUAAAUGAUUAAAAACAUGGUUUUGGAAUAUUUUCUUUUUCUGAUGGUAGAAAAUAUAUUGGUCAAUGGAAGUAUGGUCUAUAGAAUGGAUAAGGAGAAUUUCAUAAAGGAGAUGAGUCAUAAUAGAUAACCAAAGGAAUUUGGAAGUAAGGGUAAUUAGUUAAAUUGCUCUGA